AUGUACGCCCUGAAGUGUACGCUGGCAGAAGGACAUCACCUUAUUCUGGAAGUGCUAACAAACUGGAAUGCUGUAGGUCUGGUGAUUGACGGGGAUAUUGUAUUUCAUUGCAACAUCUAUGGCUUGGAUUUUGGAGGUGAUGGCAAGUUAGAUCCACUUUGUGAAGAAGCCAGAAAAGCAGUGUUAAAUGCUUAA